AUGGGGAAUCACCGAGACCUGUCAGGUAUCUGGGCCUUGAAUGUGAAGAAGAACUCUUUAAUGAUGGAGGUGAUUGAAGCAAGAAAGGCGAAGAGAGACAAAGAACUCACAGAGAACAUCGGGCUUCCCCUGAGUCUGCUUGAAAAGCACAGCCCGUGGCCAGCCUAUGUCACCUACACGUCCCCGAUGGUGAAAAAACUCAUUGAGAGAAGCAAAGCCAGGGACCUGGGUUCUAUGCAAGCACUUGAAGAAAGCCAGCGGGCCUCAAGGCAGAGCCAACCUUCCGGCAUCGCGCAGCUGAAAAGGAGAAAGUCAUCUAAGUCCUCCGGAGACGCGAUGUCCAAGGACGGGAGGUCAGAGACCAUGUUAUCGGUAUGGAGCACGUAUUCGGUGACGAGCCUGGGGCCCGCCGUCAUGCCCGAACCGAUACGCUUUCAUACGGAGUCCAGAGAAAACCCCACUGCAAACUAUAACAAGAUCAUCUUCUCUCGAAAACCUAUGAUGAGGAUCCUUCCAUACAGCUCACUUCUAGCCAACAAGGAGACACAUUCGAAUAUUUAG